GAUUGAACGUUCUAUACUCUGUACAAACGUUUUCUUUAAAAUUUAAAACGUUUUUGUAGAAGGCCUUGCUGGAAAAUAACGGAUUUGACCAACAAGUACAUGUAUAUCCAAAUGUACGUGUACAUGUCUCAGUCUGGCUAGUGGCGCACGUUGUUGUCAUUCACUGACAUUCAGCUAUCAUGUUUACCAGAAAAACCAUGGAUUUGAUUUUCUAUCUUAGCACAAUUAUAAUUAAUUGUGUUUCGAUUGAAAUAGGGAGUUAUAUCACAAAUCGGGAAAAGGUCGCCUUAAUAAGAGGAGUGUUGUUUACUGAAUUCGUCUGUCGGGUGUUUCUACCUGUAGUGAAUAUCACACAUGACUGGGUCAAACCGAAUACGUAUACCCCUGUACCACAUAACUCGGGUGUCCUUGCGACUGCUAACAAAACGUUCAGUGGAAUAACGGCUACAUCAACAGACCUUGAUGUGUAUCACCACUUCUUGUCUCAAGAAGACUAUCUAGCAGUGGAGUUCAAUUGUUGGGUAGCUUUAUUGAUAAUCACGUUGACCAAUCAAGCAGACCGUCGAUUGAUUGCUUAUCGACAACCUUAUCUGAGAAGAACCUGGAUUUACCCACUUAUCAUGACAGUUAGGAAGUUUCUCAUGGGUGGGAUUGUGUUGUCAGGCAUCAUUUGUAUGAUCAUUUCAUGGAUGCGUAUCAAGUCAUCAGAUACAGUGAUACUUCUUCCUUGGCAAAAAUUCAACCCAUGUGCUGUGCUAACAGAAGUGAUGACUGUUUCCAAAUUUGUCUUGUCAAUCCUGAUGUUCUGCAGUUCGAUCUCAAAAUGCCCCAAUAUAUUUGGACAACUUAUACGGAAGCGGUUUCUCUGUGGAAUUGGUCUUGCUGAAAUAGUUAUGUUCCUUAUUUGCACUGCAUCAGUGGAGGUCACAAAAACAUGCCGCGGUAUGGCUGAACUCACGCUUUAUGCCGCUAUUGUCUUCAGUGGCGUGGUCAUCUUGUGGAAUUUUGUUUCAGCGAACUGGACACAGAUUACUUCUGGAAUUACACUGAAUUUCAUUGACUUUGCACUGGUAGGAGGACCAAAUCGAAUUCCUCAAAAUGAUCACCACCCUCUGGAUGACAAUCUUACUGAAGACUUGGUUGACCUCCCCGUCUACCGUGAUGAAGAAAAGAUGCUACUGAUUAUCAACCAUGAUGUAAAAUAUGAAACGGACCUUGUAGUUUUGUUAGUUCUUCAGCCUUCAUCUCCUCGGCAACCACCCGUUUGUAAUGAUUUCUCACUCAAAAUGGGAGACAAGAUGAUGUUCACCUCUCUGAAUCUUUUGAGCAUAAAGCAGAUGUCAUGGCCGAAAACUAUUCAGUUUGAGAGAUUUGCCAAAAGUGACAUCAUCCAAUUGUACCAUGCACUAUACAAGUGUUUUGAACCUUUGCGCUGUGAACACUUUGCCAUAAAAUUAUACCAGAAUUGUCAACUCGGUAUUGAAGUGGGUUCAGCUGGCGAUCUGUUAUUCUGUAUCUGUUUAAACGAAGCACUGGAAAAAAGAGUAACUCAGAUACAUAUUGACAAAGAGGACCUGUCAUCUGGCCCACCGGCUACUGUCCAGUAUUACGAAAAAGUACAUGAAGAUUGGCCAGCAUUAAGCCAACAGAUCAGUGACGUCGUCAUCAAACCACUCCACAAAGUUAUUGACGUUGCUGCUAUGGACCAAGCAGCUCGAGACACCAACAGAUAGCGGUUCCAAGCAGAUAGUUGUGGUUCUUCAAGUGUGAAUGUAACAGCAGAUGAGGAAAAGAAAGGAAUGUUUGUUUAACGGCACCUCAGAACAGUGUAAACUGUGGGUAUGUGGUGUCUAACACUGGUUAGCAGGUGUGAACCAGGGAUGAGCGCAGCUGGUGCAUUUAUAAUGGAGACUGACCAUUGUUGUGUAGACAGGUCAUCUUUUCUCAAUUCAUUGCUGCAAGAAUUCAUUCAUUUUGUGCCUAAAGUGACAGACCCUAGUUUUUAAACACAAGGCAUAUUUUUAAUUUCGACUGAAAAAAUAAUAAAAUAAUAAUAAUAAAUAAAAAUGUCACUGCAAAAUGAGUAAUCUGAAUUCCAUUUAUAAUAAGCAAUCAUGAUGUUUCAUAUAAAAUCAAAUCUAUGAUACUUUUUAAAAUUUAAUAUUCAAGUAGACAAGUAUAAUUAAUAGCUAUUUAACUAAAGUAUUCUGUUUAUUAUAAAUGACUUCAACUGAACCCCUUCUUAAAAAAAAGGUCACUGCCAGAUGUGUAAUCUGAAUUCCAUUUGUAAUGAGCAAUCAUGUUUCAUAUAAAAUCAAAUGUAUGAUAUAUUUUUUUUGCAUUUAAAGUAUACAAGUAUAGAUUUAAAGUAUUUUUUAGUAAUUAGUAACUUUAACCUCUAUCCUACUAAUCUGAAAACAAAUCAGCAAACAACCAAAAAACAUGGCUUAUAAAAUUUUUUUAAUAUAGCUAGUUCCUGGCAAACAAUUUGCUGCUGAGAAAACACUCCGCAGCAAUCUCCACAGCAUUGCCAAUUGCAUCCCACCAACUUUACCUCCCCAACCUCUUUACAGUGGCAUGCAACAUACCCUACCUCCCUUUUAUUAUUAUUACGGGUAUUUUUUUUAAAGAAUCACAUCAUUUUAGUUUUAUAUAUUUUCAGAUGGAUAACAUGUUCAUUCAAGCAAAUUUCUGCAAUACUUCACUCCUAUAAUGACUGCAAGUAGUGUUAUAUUUGGGUGGUUUAAUUAUAAUUAUGAAACAGAUAUUUUCAUGAUGUGAUAUAUCGACAGAAAUAUGUGUACGUACAUGUACAUGUAAGCCACAAUGAGAUAAUUAUGCCAGUUUUUUUCAACUAAUCAUAAUUUGGAUCAGUUUUUAUUUCUCACAGAAUUAAUAUAUUUAAAACUAAUUAUAACUACAAGAUUCAUGCACUUUCUUAUCAGGCAUAUGCAGUGAAUUUUUAAAGACAUUUCUGAUGCCCUUUUUUUCUAGAAUUUUCAAGGAUUUUUCAUGGAUCACCAAUGUAAGUUAAUAAAUUACAUUAUUUUAACAUGAAUGCACAUCUCUUCAUGUUGUUGUAAAUGAGAAAAACAAAUUACCAACCAGGUUUCAUUGUGAAUAAUUUAUCACAACUCAAAUCAAAAUUCCACGACUCCAGAAUUUGUAUAACUCUGUAACUAUAAUUUCAUAGCUUGUAUGUAUAAGACUUACAGAGCUGGUUCCAUGGUACUAAAGAUUAGGAUUUCAAAGUAGAAUCUGAUAUUUCACAUUAGGAUCUGAUAUUUCACAUUAGAAUCUGAUAUUUCACAUUAGGAUCUGAUAUUUCACAUUAGGUUCUGAUAUUUCAAUGUAGGAUCAAUCUGGAAUUUGGCAUUUUAGAGUAGCUGGCUUUUACAAUGAAUUUUUUUUUUUUUUUUUUUUUUCAUUGCAUAUAUUGUUUGCAAAUGAUGUUAAUUGGGGAUUUAAAUUUACAGUUCCCUUUAAAUUGCUAAACAAAAUGAAAAUUUGGUGUGUAUCAUUCACCCAAGCUGUGGUAAUAAACAAUACAAACAACUGAAAAGUGUUUUUACAACAAAACUCAUCAAGUUGCCCACAAGAUAUCAAAGGGACAAAAAAAAAUUAAUUUAUGUUUGAAACAAUUGUAACUUCAUACGUACGGGAUAUAAUCCAUUUUAGAAUAAUCAUUGUGCAUGUAACAUGACACAAGCAUUUAUCUGGUUAUUCCCCCCCCCCCCCCCCCCCCC